AACUGCGAUAAACGGCGCAAGUGUAGUACUGCUGCUGACGUAGAAAGUGUUGUGAAGAUGUGUAUCCGUCUGGUUUUGUUGUGCUUUGGUAGUCUGUUGGCACUGGGUUAUGGACAGAAUGAUGGUAAAUAUAGACCAUCGCCGGCGGAACUAACGACGCAGAGGCCACGCUACAAUCCGUACGUUGAUGGAAGAUAUGCACAGUAUCCGUACAACCCGUACCGGUAUCCUAGUGAUUCUCGGUACUACAACCGGAACGAUGGACGCUACUUUAACCGAAAUGAUGGCCGUUACAUUGGCCGAAGCGAUGGUCGCUACGUACCGGGAAAUGAUGGACGAUACGUUCACAUUGAUAAUAAGUACAAACACAUCGAGGAAAAGGCUGGUAAUGAGACCAGAAACACUAGAAGUAGUGGUGGACACGAAGACUCUAGAAUUGGUGGAACCACAGGUGUCGAGAGUGGAACAACGAAACCGGAAACAGUGCUUUCAGCGAUACGCCCAUUCAGCACACCUCCGCCUAACGUACCAAGAAUGUACAGGAUAGUACCGCAACCGCCCGUGGGUGGAUGGAAAACUGUUCGCUUGGAAAAUCAGAUUGAAGAGAAUGGAUAUCAUUACAUCUAUCAGAGAGAGAAUGGCAUCGCAGCGGAGGAAACUGGUCGCAUCGAGAAUUCUGGUACGACAGUCGAAAAAAUUCACUCGCAAGGCUACUAUCAGUUCGCAGGCGAUGAAGGAGAAUUGUAUCGUGUGAACUACACAGUUGAUGGCAAUGGCUUCCGGCCGGAGGAUGGUCACGUUGCCAAGGUUCCUCCAGGUAUCGAAAGACUUUUGAGAUAUUUGGCAUCCCAACCGAAUUAACCACUCAGGUUUGGAUAUAUAUUUGCGCGAACCAUAACGAGCAAAAUGAAAAAGGUUCUACAUGCAAAUGAAAAAACUGGCGUUAGCAAUACACCGCUCAUCGGCUGCGCUACUAAAGAAAAUGAUUUUUUAUAAACCUGAGAUUCAAAUAAAUAUAUCUUUUUCAUUGCUUUUAAACCAUAUUGUCAAACAUAUCAGUGAUCAACGUGUAGGUAAUAUGCACUUAAACUGAAUUCGCAAGUAAUAAAAGGGAGAAGAAACCAACUACUGACAAUUGCUCAAUAAUGUCUCAACAAUCAAUAUGUCGUUGCAACUGUGGCGACAAAUGAAAUAUUUUAGCAGUUUGAGCAAAAACUAUUCAAAAUUUGUACAAAUAAGAGUGUUUAAAGAAAAGUAUUUUGUACUUUAUUCAUCCACCAAUCAUCCUGUGCAAAUUUGGUCUGAUUUGUGUAGCUGUCCUUGCAGCAAGGAUGCAGUACUUUUUUAGAUUUCAUACAAAUUAUCAAUCCAUAAAAUUGUCUAGAUUUUCGUUCCAUCGAUGUUAUAUUGGACAGUUAUCAACAAGAAACUUCACAAAUGCAUCAGAAAUGUUAAAAAACGGACUGAAAAGGCAAUGUGCUGCAACAACAGCGCAAAUGACCUGCUCC